CAGAUACAGAUCUUUGUAAAAAAACAACUUAUGAUCCAGCAACAAUCACGCAAAAGGACACUAAAGAUUCACAGAGCAAGAAACAAACCGACUUAGAGUGCAUAGACGCAGUGAAACAGAUCCUUCUCGAUGUCGACGCAAAGGACCUCCGUUUUCAUUGAAGUUCUAACCAGAAAACAAGCAGGCUGCAGAGAAGUAUCAAGGACGCUCGUAAAAUAAGAAUUUAAGAUAUGUCGUAUCUUACCUCCUAGUCUUUUUUUUGGCUCAAAUAUGGCAUCCGACAGCGAAAAAGGAAGAUAUUAGGUUCGCCUACUCCUACGUGACCCAGAUGUUUCUCUACUUACUCUUUAAAGAAAACGACUUCCGCCAUACGAUAAUUUGUACUCCUGUGGCGGUCAUUUAGACAGCAGCUCGUGUUUCUACUCAGUAAUCAGACUUUGAACAGAAAUAUCAGGAUACCUGAUAAGAAUAUCUUUUCAAAGUGUCUUGAGUUACGUUAUGGUCUUUUGUGAUGACACUUCACAGUCAGCUAUUUAUUCAUCUGACCUAAAAACGCAUUCCAGCAACUUCGUAUGAGGAAGAAGCUCUUGAAUCAUAGGUCUGAGCGACAAUCAGUUUUAACAGAAAACUUUCCAUCAGUCAAUUUUUAUAUUCUAUGGCACAGUUUUUGUAAGUCUAGUGCAUUGAGGGUCCUUUCGAUAACAUCUGAAUUCCGCGGAUAUGGCACGAAACAGAUGACCCUAGAAUAAACAGUUAGCUCGUUUUCAGUUCCCUACACACCUUUUCCGAAUCAGGAAAGAAUCUGGGUACCAGUUUACAAGGACCAUAACUUCUUCGCCAAGUUACUUCUUUGUCCAUAACAGGACAGAGUUUCAUCCUGUCGGCACUGCAAAAAUUUUCAGGCUUCAAGAGGUAAGAGAAGCUUACAUAGAGAUGUUAAAGUUGGUUUAAAGUUGCUGCGUAGAGUUUUCACUUUUAUGAAACUUUGUUAACACUUAGCAGUCUUAAAGUUGUUCGUGAAUAGUCACCUCAUAAUGAUGAAAAACUGAGCUCUGUGGCGUGUUUCUAUAUCACCACCCGAAUAUGGUUAAACAAAAUAACUCCAGAAAAUAUCCUAUCAUUUCUCUCCUGUUUUAGUCUCAAGGUUCGUUUCGGAAUAACGAUGUUACGUUUGCUGGCAAUUUUUCUUUUCCUGGCGGUGAACUUUUGCUGCACAGGUAAGGGUUGAAUUUUCUGUUUUGAUCUCACACUUGCGGACAAGACUCCGAUGAAUUUGGGGGUGUAACAACUCCGAAGUUAGCGCAAUAGUCUACCCACUGAAUUUCAACAGUGUUGUUUUACUGAAAGAUGGCUGAAAUCUGUUCAAGGUUCCCCUCACAGUCUUCAACAACAGUAUUUUCCACGGCUAACAACUGUGAAGGAAAAUCACUUUCAUUUCAACGUAAAAAAAAUACUUAAGAUCAUGAUUGCACUGUGUAUGAUAAAAUGGUCCGCUAAAAAUACUUAGAGAUAGAGAUUUUAUUGCAUAAAACCUCCCUGAAAUACUUGAAAGUACAAACAGCUUCCCAUUGUUCUUGUCGUAUCAUAUGAUCUUCUGAUUGAAAUCACAGAGUUACUGAUGCCACUGUAUCGAAUCGGUUCUUUAGUAACAUUAUCGGAUGUAGUUGACGUGGCAGAAUAUCUGAUUUACAUCAUAAUUUUUACCAAACUUUCUGGAACUUUGUGAAGACAACGGAGGCACGUAAAUGUGCAUGACGACAUGGUUACUUUUAUUGCAAGCUGGAGGCGAGGUUCAAAGUUCAUAGUUGGUUUUGUCUGAUGUGCUGUCUGUGUAGCCGUUAACAUAAAGUGAAUGGUAGUUUCGAAACUGUAACUUCGAUUUGCAUUGAUCUUACAUCUGAGAGUAUUUUGAAGAAUUAAAGACGAGUAAAGCAAGUAUUGUGAAAGUUCUCUAGGUUUAUCCGAAAUCCAUUCUCGCAUAUACCGAAAGUAAGGACGGAUUUCCGCCCUCAGCUAGCUAAGCGAGAGUUCCGAGUUUAGUUCUUCCCUUCCCCUACUUGAGUAAGUUAGUUCAAAUUGUACUGUUAUCUACUGUAAUCUAUAUAUUUACACCAACAUAUAUUUUAAGAGGGAUACUGGGACCGGACCUGUGAACGGAACACGAUGUACUUAAGCUGCAACCAUGGGGUGAUCGAUGUUCGAAGCGCAUGGUACGGACGCGACCGGUCGGGAGUUUGCUCAGAGAGGGGAAGUACAGAAAAUACAAACUGCUACACCGGUGCUACGAGUUACGUCAGUGGCGAAUGCGACGGGCGAUCAUACUGCAGCCUUUACGUUUCGAAUUCAGCUUUUGGAGAUCCGUGUGUUGGCACUGUGAAAUAUCUGACGGUAGGUUCAAAGUUCAAAGAACAACUUAAAGUAUAUGACUUACAGGGAGGGACUCUUCAGCCCAAAUUUACAAGUUAAAGCCUAAUUGAUGAGCGCUAGCAAAAGCCCUAGCCAUAGAAGCUCUUAAUUUCUUUCGCAGAACAUAAGUGGGAAAAAUGUAUGAAAGCUUAUGGUGAGUGUCCUGUGAUAACCAAUAGCAUGUUAAUAUGACUAGAAUAAUGAUCAUAUGACUUUCGAAACCAGUGGUGAACACCCAGUUUAACAAUUUGAUGUUUCGUCUGUUGUUGGCUGUCGAAUUGAAAAAGGUAGAGAAAGGAAUACUCUGACACCUGAUCCUGUAAUCUCCUGUCCUCCUUUAAAGGAGCAGUUGAGGUAAGUUUUGUAGUAUUCUUGAUCCACAGGUCUCGUAUAGAUGUAAAACGGGAGGACGACAAAGACUGAAGAGAAUUUGCGAACGCAACUGGGGUGACAUUCGUUGUUACGGCAGUGACAGAAUCGAUGUCCUAUCGGCGUUUUACGGCCGCAAGACGGGUGGACACGUCUGCUCAGGUUCGGUAUAUACCACAUCCUGCGAAACUUCAGCGUACAGUUAUGUGUAUCGGAACUGCGAUGGAGAUCAGAGUUGCAGUUUGCACGCACAUAACCACCGCUUCGGUGAUCCUUGUCAGGGAACAACUAAAUAUCUGGAGGUUAGUGAACGUAACGCACGCUUAGAGGAGAAUUAUUCAGAAAAGUCUUUAUAUUAGUUGCGCGCAUUUAAGCAACCUUCUGACCAACCCCUUGCUGAUUGUUACUCAUUUGUUUCUAUAGUUUCAUGAGAAUUGAAGCUUUUUAUCCAACUAGGAAAUUUGGUAUUAUCAGCUGAGUUAAUAACGUAAAUUGGCCACCGUAAAGAGUUUUGAAGCUGACGUUUCAAGCAUUAGCUUUUCGUCAGAGUGACAGACGAAGGGCUAACGCUCGAAACGUCAGCUUCGAAACUCUUUACGGUGGUCAAGUUACGUUAUCAACUCAGUAGGUAAUAUUAAAUUACCCUGUUAUACUCUCUCACUGACGCAGCACCACAGUCUCUUUACAAAUUUAUCCCCUCUAUUUAUCUUAAUCCAACUGUCUACCUCAUCCAACAAGGGGAAUCAUAGGAAUAUUAAAGAGCCUUAUUGGGGGGAAUCAGGUAACUUUUAGCGUGACACAGCCGGUAUCCGGCUAACACUACAUAAUUAAAUGAAUAGAUUUGUUGAUAACUGGAUUCUUUUUGCCUUAGGGAAUAUAUAGAUUGAAACUUUCCACACUCAUUCGCUGUUGUUAUUUUCACAAGUCUUGGCAGCAGUAAAAAAGAAAAUAAAAAUGACGAUUGCCUUUUUUUUCAUUUUAAUACAGGUUCGAUACAGAUGCAAGUGAUCAAAAGCUUCAGCCACCCGCGGGAGACUGGACUCCACUAAUCAAGAAAUGAUCCAAUGUAGCUUAUAGAGUUUCUGUGAAAAGGAUCAUUAAACUUCACUUCAACUCCACGCUGAUGAACUUUUUCUUUUCCUGAAUAAAAUUGGUCGCGAUUUGAGGCUGAAAAUACGGAAGUAAAGACGUACUUGUACGAAGAUCUCCGCAAUUUGGGAAUGUUCAAUCAUUUUUAUCAGAAGUCUUUGCCAAAAUUUAUAAAAGUGACUUUUCCUUAAACAUAAUCUGACUCAGCACUCACGUCAAUCCGGUUUCAUCCAGUUGUGUGUUCGUCCGUCCCACAUGGAAGUCCUCUUGAUUAAAAGUUGACACAACUUCAUAAAUCGAGUUUAACCCCAACCUCCCCUCCCAUGAACUGAAAAUCCAAUACGCCAAUGGUUAAUAAUCGCGACAAUACGCAGAGAACAACAAUAUUUUUUUCUAUUUUGUUCACAACAACAAGGAAAACACAGAAGCUACAUUCUUUUUUUCACACCAACACGAAAUUUUUUUGUUUCUUAUUGUAGACAUGAAAAGAUCCAAGAUUGCGUGAAAAUUAAAACUAAAUCAAAUUGUCGAAACGAUACUUAACUCUCUACACCCUAACAUCAAUAUUCAUAUUCUCCUCACUGUUCUCUUUACAUAUGCUAUGAUAUUGACAAGGAGAAUUUGUUUGAGAAUCAGGAGUUUCUUGAAUUGGUGAUCAUUUCCUUUUUUCUCGUUACCUUUAUACUUGAUUCAAGCAUGUUACUGUAGGGAGAAAUUAGAAACCAGUCGCUCUCUGGGGUUAAAGAGUUCAUGGGAAGCAUCAGAUAUUUUGUCAAGCAAAUAUUUCAUCAUGACCUUGGUAAAACGAUCCGUGAACAUUUAAUUAAUUAUGAACAUGUUUUUUUUAUUGAGAACACAAAAGAUAAGUGUUUCAUCUAUAAAUUCAAUACAAGCCGCAAAGCAAUUAUACAAUAGUUGAUUCUUCAACUCAUUAAACUGGAGAGCUAAACGGGAAGUUGACAAGUAGUUUGCGGUGACACCCGAACCUCUGAAUGUGCACAACUCCCUUAAGCGAUUAUUAAAUUCAGGUCCAUGCCUAAAAAGGCCGAAAUACAGAUAAGUCAGCAUUCAAAAAUACUUUUCCGAAGCAGACACUAUUUCUGACCUUGAAAAUUCCUAUUACGAAUGUUUCCAAUUUAUUUAUUAGUUUUUGCUAAUCAAUUCAUCAAGUAGUCAUAAUGACAAGUAAAAAAAACAAACAAUAAUAUUCCACAGGUAUUUUUAGAUAAAGCAAUUACAUAACAGCCACAUGUGAGUAUUUCCAAAUUUCCAAGUUAGUUUUUGUGUAGUGACUCACAUCAGUUUAUCUUUCCUCAAAAGAAGACUUUUUAGAGAAUUCAUACAGUAAACCACUAAAACAAAAUCUUAACGUAUUAGUGCGUGAUAUGUGUACGUGACUUUGCAAAAGUGACAGUGUUUAUACGAAACAUUUAAAGAUGAAUUAUUUACUUACGUGGAAAAUGAUAGAUAACACUUUAGCUUAGAUGAGAUUCCUUCUAUUUAGAAAAUGUUCAAACAAAGCCCUUUGGUAGUCUUAUAAAGAUGCAUACAAAGUUUCUCUCACUGCAGUGUCGUUAACACAUUUGACUACGGAUCAAACAUUUCAGGGACUCAGAGGGAAAACAAAGCAAUAAGGUGAGAAGAAAGUUUUUCACUAAUUAAACAUUUCACCUUGAGCUAAAUGAACUUCGGCUCAGAAAAACUUGAUCUAAACUUAUCCGACUGGAAAACUACGCAAUAAAAUUUAGACAGCCUUAUCACGAAGUCUCGAACUUUCAAUCUAUACACAAUAAAAGGCAUUACAAUUGGAAACAAAAAAGGUUUGAAAUAUGUCUAAAAAGAUGUCCUUCCACAACUGAAGACAUUGCGAAGACAGUAUUCUUAUUUCCAAGAAAUAAAAAACUAUCAUCGAAUAAAUUUCACUGAACUCUCAAUAAUUGUAUAUAUUUGCUCUAAGAAGUGUAAGAACGCUUUAUGAUUUUCAAAAUCCGAGGUUUGUUUUAGAUUUCUUUCAGGUUCAAGUCGUAAGGAAAAAAAUGUUGGGUUUCUUGGCUCUCUCCCUCCUCACAGUGGCGUUUGCUAAUGCAGGUAUAGUUUCCAGAAAAAAGGCUUGAUAUUACCCCUCGUCUUUUUAGUGAUCUCGGCCGCUCUUCGAACUCACAAAAAUACACUCCAGAUCUCUUUAGAAAGAAGUUAUGGACACUAAGGAGAGGCCUUAAAGUUUUUCAGGAUUCCAAGAAAAACAUAGCAGAAAUAUAAUACCGUGGUAAUAUCACAGAACAGGUAAUAAGAAACGUGGACGGGCUCAACUUAAGAGAAGGAACUUUUAACGGACACAUUCGUGAUAAAUUUUGACAUGUUUAGUCUUUAUCUCAGUUUCCCUGCUAGGAAUUCAAAAUUUUACUUACAAUGCACGAGAAUCAUCGUUGUCUAUUGUGGCCCAAAUUCAUCAAUCAGAAAAUAAAGUUUUUCUCCUAAUUUAAACAAAGAUGAAAAAAGAUUAAUCUUGGAAACGUUAACCAAGCACCUUAGUAAUGGUCUCUUUUUGUCACAGCGGAAAAGACAGUUUGCGAACAUAGGCACAUGACAAUUGACUGCAGAGGGUUAGACAUCAAUAUUCUGAGCGCAUCCUAUGGCCGCACCCAACAAGGUGUCUGUGGUCGCGGAAGAAGCACAAACUGCCAUGCUGGUAGCUCCAUGAGCGUCGCUAGAUACGAAUGUCAAGGACAGACGAGAUGUACUCUAUACGCGAAGAACCAAGCGUUUGGUGACCCCUGUGUUGGAACCUUCAAAUAUCUAAAGGUGAGUUCAGCUCGAGGAAGGACAACUUAAGACUUAGAUUAUAAAUAUUCGCUCCAGUUCUUAUGUUGCAAAUAAUAGCUAAUAUAUUUUUCACAUGUAAAAUUCAAUCGAUAUGGAUCACUUCAAUACUUGCUUCCAGAGAUUAAUGUUAUUUUUUUUUGCAGCUGUGAAAUUGUUUAGUUCAUGGUAACUUUGAUACGAGUGACCUCAUUAGCGUGAUUAUUGAUUGGUUACCAGCCAGCCAAUCGCGACUCAACCACAAGCAGUUUCCGAAUAAUCGUUUAAGGACAUUGAUCUUUAUCCAGAUCUUUUACUAAAAUCAAACUCGUUCUGUUUCAGUAAAAUUUGUAAAAAUAUGUUCCUAUUUCCAUACACAGGUGAAGUACGAAUGUGUGGAAAAAACUGUUCUUUGCGCUGAGAAUAAGCUCGUUCGCAUCUGCGAAGGACGGUCACAGCACAUUUCGUGCCCCGCCCCGAAGAAAAUCGAUAUCAUUUCGGCGAAUUACGGUCGUUUAACUGGUGGGCAUCUUUGUCCGGGACCAGUUAGAACCACAAACUGUGGAGCUGCAGGGUCGAUUGAUAAAGUGAGGAGCAAGUGCCAGGGAAAGCGAAGCUGCUUUUUGCAGGCAACAAACGGCCAGUUUGGCGAUCCUUGCCGUGGGACAAAGAAGUAUUUGGAGGUGAUUAUGGUUUACUGUAUUAUUUUAGAUAUUAUCAGUCCUCACCAAACAAAACUUUGAUCUAAAAAUUACCAGGGGCGUAUCUUUUCAUGGAAAGUGA